CGCGCGGCUCAGCAGCAGCGCGUCAGUCCGCGCGCUCCGGCGGCUCUCCCGGUUCUUCCCCAGCCACCGCUGCAGUCCUCUGGGAAGACAUUUACCGGACUCAGCCGAACCUUUUUUCUUCUCUUCUCGGUUUCCCCUGAAAUCGGAACCGGCGGAUCCUCCUCAGACCGGGACGGCAGCAGCCAGGUCUACCCCAGGAAGAGGCUCCCUGCUGGGGAUAAUGGAGGAGAUGAAGGAUUAGGGGAUAAUCCGGGAUGGUUCCAUGGUGCGACCGCAGAACCGUUUGCAGCUGGACUCGGACCUAUUUCUGAGCCGAUGUUGACGAAGCCAAAGCCCGAAGCGAGCCAAGCAAUCUGACCACACUCCAACUGGACCGGCCGCCGUCAGGAACUCGACUGCGUCCUGCUCUCCUCAAUUUAUGCCUGUUUAAUUUAGCCAGCUAUGCACGGCAACGAGCUACAAAGAGUGGGACAGAAUCUGGCCUGUACAUGAUAAACAUAGAUCAUAUCCCAGCGAACUAUUUGGCGCUACGAGCCAGGAGUUCAGCGUUUCAGGCUCAGAAAUUGCACAGUUUCAUGAUCUUGGAAUAACCUUUCAAGGCUUUUUUUUUUUUUUUCUAGUUCUGCGCUUUGGACCGCUGCUGCCAGCGAUUUUGGCAAUAACCGAGGAGUAGAGAAUUAAAACUUUGUUGUUUUGGUUGGAUUAAAAGAAGUCCUAGGAAUAGUCUGAAAGCCAUUCCGAUCAUGAAUCUUCAGGAGAAGCUGUCAGGCCUCAAGGGUCUGGUCUCUCACUCCCACAGCAAGCGCCGUUUCAAGGGCGACCUCACGGUGGACAUGAUCAGCCCUCCCCUGGGCGACUUCCGCCACACCAUGCACGUGGGCCGCGGCGGCGACGUGUUCGGGGACACUUCCUUCCUCAGCAAUCACGGCGGGACGGGCAACGGCAGCAAUGGCGAAACGGAUUCUGUUUCCUCACCUGACAACAAGAUCGGGGCGUUCUUCUCCAGGACCCUCCGUCAGAUCCGGAGGGGCUCGGACAACCGGCCCAGAGAGGAAUCCAAGGAUCUGUCGCCGCCGCCGCCGCCCGUUUCUCCCAUCAUCAAAAACGCCAUCUCCCUCCCCAGACUGGAUGUGGAUAUGCCGAAUGGGAGUCCCACCACCAAAGUGCUUUUCCCCAGCUCUCAAAGUACACCAGAGGAUAUGAAAAGCUCAUAUGGUCUGGAGUCGGGUUUCGUCACGCUGCCUCGUCUGUCCCGGGCGGAGCGCCAGCAGCCGUCCAUCUCCAUCCCCUCUCCCUGCUCUGCGAACAUCCACCGCGGCUCGCUGACCGACCCCGCCGACGCCAUCUUAUCCACCCGCGCCUCCUCCUCCGUGACCUCCGACCCCAAGCACACCGCCUACUCCGACUCCCUGCCGUCCCUCACCUCCCUGGACACCUUCACCUUCGACCUGGGCCCGUCCCUGAUGAGCGAGGUGUUCGGCCUGAUCGACGGACACUCGUCGGAGGAGCACGGCCACGCCUGGGAGGCCGAGGAGGCGGGGUCGGCCUGCGGGAUGACCAACGACGGGUCGGAGCUGGACUCAGCCACGAUCUCGUACGUGGAUUCGCUGCUGAGGGAGGACUGCGGGAGCAGGAAGAGUCCGCACGCCGCCGAGUGGGAGGAGGAGGACCGGAGCGCCGUGGAGGUCAACGGGUUUGGCCUUUCCGGUAAAGUACCCGAUGUGGUGAUGGGGUCUUCUGAGCGAGCGACAGUGGGGGUGAGGAUGGAGAGCGAGCGGUUCCAGAGCGCUACAGACGUGCUGGCACGCCACUAUGGCGGCAGCUUCUUGAAGGGACAGGGCCGAUCGGAGGCCAGCGACUCGGAGGUGAUGAUCAUGAUCCAACCAAAGAAGAAAAUGUCCUUCACCUACAUGGACGACGACGACGAAAUCAAAGUCUGAGCAAGCCGAAGAAGCAGAUCGUACUUCUUUUUUAAAACUCCAAUCCGAUGUAUGAUUCCUCUGCAAAUUCCAAAGACAUUAAUCAUCUAACGGUUGACAAGGGUUGUUGGGCUGACGGAUUGAAAAUCACAACUUGAAUCCUUCACGUGGAUUCCGUCACUUCUUUGUAGCCGUGCUUCCAGGAGGUGAAGUUGUGACGCAUACCCGCUGCUGAAUGUAUGAAAAAAGGAGCGAGAGGGACUGCAAUGUGACAACUGUUCAUGGAAAGUGAGGACGCGCCAGAGAAUGUAGCUGAGAUCGUCUUAAAGGAAACACCAGUGAUACAUAAAUCACACGCCACAAAGCCUGUCGCUCACUUUAUGCCCGCACACACACUUCCUCAUACAUUAAGGGAAAAACAUUCUCAGAGAGAAACCGCACCACUGAUGAGUACACGGAGGAAAAGCGACUGUUAAAAAUAUAUUUAAUAGCUUUUCAGUUAUUUGGCAUCACCGCAGUCUCUUGUCAGCUUUACACUCAGGAAUAUACCAAACAAUGGGAGGAAAAAGGGAGGAGGACAGAAGAACAAGAGAUCAGGAAUCUCACACUUCGUGGAGUAACAGCCUUGUUAGGAAAAGUUCAGAAAUGUCACUUGACACACUACACAGAUAAAGGGAAUAUUACAACUACUACAGGUAUUUGCUAAGUGCACCUAAACCCUGAACCAUAUAAUUGUUCAUUUUAUGCUGCAGUCAUUUUAUGUAGAUACUCUGCGCACCUUUUUGAUUAUGAAGUUCGACCUCUGUAUUGCUUUUUGUAGAAGAAUUGCCAUUAUUAUGUUUUUAUACAACUGUACAUUACGAUAUGAAGUGACCUCCUAUGAAUACUUCCAGUAUGAGCACCUGCAGUCCUUAAUGCAAUUCACAUCCAUAUGCUGCAGUCAGUACCAAUGAUAUACUUAUGAUGAUGUAAAAUGACAAUAAAAGAUAUUUUUAAUUA